AGCGUAUAAAUAGUUUAUAGAAUCUUAAUCCCUGGACUCUUGCACUCAGUUAUCAUGUCAAGCCAUGCAAUUAAUAUUUGUCUCUAAAGCUAGUUCGACUCGCUGGAUAGGGCAUUCCAAGUUCUAUAUUCCUUACUUUGUCUAUCUUCAUUUUUUUGGUGAUACCAAAAUUGGCAAGUCUUGUGAUAAGCUCGAGGUAUUAUCACUAUGUUCCCUUUGUUAUGUAAAUUUGAGCUUACUGAAAUUGUAAUUUCCAGCCAGUUUGCGGUCUUUGUUAAGUCUGGAUUCAUAUUUGAAACAAGUUCUGAUACUAUGUCAGAGUGCGAGGAGAUGGACCGCAAAGUUAAGCUCCAGGGCGUUACCAGGCUUAAUAGAAAUCUGCAGAGUAACGAGGUGCUGACACUGCACUACUUGGGACUGCCCUAUUUGGUCCUGUGCCGCAGACCGGUGCUGCGUCUUAAGGUGCCGCUGAGCACCUACAACUUCCAGGAUGGCGAAACCGAUGGCAUUGCACUGCAGUUGAUCUUCACCUGCCCGGUGAACUACCCCCUGCAGCUGCCGCGUGUCGAUCUGGCCGAGAAACGCAAUGUGAGCACCGAGCUUGACCUUAAACUGCGCACGGAGAUCGCCAAGGCACUGGAGCAGCAUCUAGAGUGCGCGGCGGGGCAAGGGGGUACGUUCUAAACGUGUGGAGUGUCUUUUGCUGUUCUAUUUGGGACUGUUGGCAGCCGCAGUUGGGGCUGAGUCCUUGUUGUCUGGGCAUCUACUGGCAUGUACGUGCACAAACAUGUUUGCCGUGGAAAGCUUUG